GUUCGGAAAGUAGAAAAUUCCAAAUUCUCAGCCACAGCCUCAAGUAUGCCCAAGGCAAAGAAAAAGGUCAAGGAGGUGGACUGGACGGCCGAUGAGAACUUCAGCAAGGAGCGCUCGAUAAUCUACGUGGAGCACACCACCGAGUGCCCCAUUUUCCAGAUAAAGGCGGAGGAGUGCGGCGUCUUCUUCCAGGAGCGCAUUCCGGAGCGACAGUUCCAGCUGGUGAGGAACAAGAACGGCAAGCAGGUGCCCCGCGAUGGCGCCUUCGAGAUUGGCAUCUCGCAGAAUGCUCGCACCUCCGUCCACGAGCUGUGGUCGGGCCUGACGAAGGGUCCUCCAAGACGUGACAAGUUCCCCAACGACUUUGAGGUGCUGGUGCCGGAUGUUCAGCGAGUGCUGAAGAAAUUCUACCCCGACAAGGCGGUGGGCAUCAGUGACGACGAGGAGGACCACACCGACUACUAACACAAUUUAGCAUAACAAUGCGCUAAUGCUGCUUAUUGUCAACGUCAACAUCAAUGGCAGAGGCGAAGACGAGGAUGAGCAAUCAGGCAACACCUGUUGGGACAGCCAAACCGCAGUCGCCUCCACCCAGUCUCUCAACGUCACUCGUCCCCAAAUAAUAUUCAAACGAUUAGCGUGACUCUUUCAUCUGCUAUUGGGGUACGGGUACAACGCUUAUUGGUCUCAUUGUUGUGCUGCUGCGGAUUCUGCUGCUGAGUGACGUCCCGACACCGCCAUGUGACAGCUCUUUUCAGAAGCUAAAUGCUUAAAUCGACAAAAGAUAAUUAACCGAAACACAAAGCUCUCUCUCGCACAUCCACACAGGCAACCACACCUACACAUGGCCGGCAUUGUGUUCGCACUAUUCUCGGGGGACACCCCAGCGACGUCCCAUUGUCUGACAGCCCGACAAAGCGAAGCAGGCCCCAACAAACAGUCAAGUCAGUCUCCUCUAUUGGCAAAACAAAUAACCAAAAUGCAAUUUCGCAACACAAAUUCGACGGAAUAAAAAACGAUGUAACAGCAGCCAUGAAA